GGGCGGGGCGUGUUUACAUCCGCCGGCGCCUCCCGAGGUCGUUCCGCCGGCCGAGCCUCCCGUCAUGGACACCAGCGACCUGUUCGCCAGCUGCAGGAAGGGGGACGUGGGCCGCGUGCGGUACCUGCUGGAGCAGCGGGACGCGGAGGUGAACGUCCGCGACAAGUGGGACAGCACCCCGCUGUACUACGCCUGCCUGUGCGGGCACGAGGAGCUGGUGCGCUACCUGCUGGCCAGCGGGGCCCGCUGCGAGGCCAACACGUUCGACGGCGAGCGCUGCCUCUACGGCGCGCUGAGCGACUCCAUCCGCCGCGCGCUGCGCGACUACAAGCACGUCACGGCCGCCUGCCGGAGGCGGGACUACUACGACGACUUCCUGCAGCGGCUCCUGGAGCAGGGCAUCCACAGCGACGUGGUGUUUGUCGUGCACGGAAAGCCGUUCCGGGCGCACCGCUGCAUCCUGGGCGCGCGCAGCGCCUACUUCGCCAACAUGCUGGACACCAAGUGGAAGAGCAAGAGCGCGGUGGUCCUCCGGCACCCCCUGAUCAACCCCGUGGCCUUUGGGGCCCUACUGCAGUACCUGUACACAGGCCGCCUGGAUGUGGGUGUGGAGCACGUUGGUGACUGUGAGCGCCUGGCUAAGCAGUGCCAGCUGUGGGACCUGCUGGACGAUCUGGAGGCCAAGUGUGAGAAGGUGUCUGAGUUCGUGGCUUCUAAGCCGGGCACGUGUGUCAAAGUGCUGACCAUUGAGCCCCCUCCCACCCACCCCCGGCUCCGAGAGGACAUGGCGUUGCUGGCCCACUGUGCUCUGCCUCCGGAGCUGCGACAGGGCGACCUGGGUGAGCUGCCCUUUCCGUGCCCGGACAACUUCAACAGCUGUCCUGACAUCUGCUUCCGCGUGGAGGACUGCAGCUUUCUCUGCCACAAGGCUUUCUUCUGUGGCCGCAGCGACUACUUCCGGGCCCUGCUGGAGGACCACUUCUGCGAGAGCAAGGAGCCAGGGGCCCCCGGGGCGCCCACAACCGUCACCCUGCAGGGCAUCUCACCCGAGGUCUUCACCCACGUGCUGUUCUACGUGUACAGUGACCACACUGAGCUGCUGCCUGAGGCAGCCUACGACGUGUUGAGAGUGGCUGACAUGUACCUGCUGCCAGGCCUGAAGCGGCUGUGUGGCCGCAGCCUGGCCCAGACCCUGGACGAGGACAAUGUGGUGAGCGUGUGGCGCGUGGCCAAGCUCUUCCGCCUGGCGCGGCUCGAGGACCAGUGCACUGAGUACAUGGCCAAAGUCAUCGAGAAGCUGGUGGAGCGGGAGGACUUCGAGGAGGCGGUGAGGGAGGAGGCGGCCGCCGUGGCGGCCCGGCAGGAGACCGACUCCAUCCCCCUGGUGGAUGACAUCCGCUUCCACGUGGCCAGCACGGUGCAGACCUACAGCGCCAUCGAGGAGGCCCAGCAGCGGCUGCGGGCGCUCGAGGACCUGCUGGUGUCCAUCGGCCUGGACUGCUGAGCCUCGUGGAGCCCAGAGCCCCGUCCAGGGGCGGCGUGUGUGUGUGUGUGUGGGGGGGGUGCAGGAGCGGUCUCCUUGAACACCUGAGGGUCUUUGGGGACAGGUGUGUGUGUGCGUGGGCGUCUCCUUGCGUACCUGAGGGCCCUGUUGCUGUGCAGGGGUCUGGGAUUCCCCUCUCCACGGCCCUGGGUGAUG